AUCUAAGAAAAGUGGGAAAGGGAGCUCAAUUAAACACAAUCAGUCUUUUAUCUUUUCAGUGUGCAACCUGGCAACAACAAUGCACUCUUUUACUUCUUCUGCUUCUUCUCUUCGCCACUACCAUCUUUAAUCCUCUUUUCUUUUUCUUCUGAAAUUAAAUCCCCAAUAUAUUUUUUUAUUCAUCAUCAAUUAGAUCUGGCCUCUGGAUUUGUUUUUGAUUAUAGAUUGAUUCCUUCCGUCAGUCUUCUUUUGCGGUAUGAAAGAUCCUGAUAAGCUGAUUUGGGAUCAAAUGAGAAGCCCAAAGUCUGUUAAUGGAGUCGGGUCAAAUCAUAUCACUAAAGGUUUUUUUUCUAAACUUACGCUUUGGUUAAUUCUCUCUGUUUCCGUCACUUACGUUGUCUACACUUUUAAACUCGUUUCCCAUCCUCAAAAUUGCGAAUACCCUUCAGAUUCUCAUAUACUUCUUCCUUCUUCAUUCCAAACCCAAGAAAAAAUGACACUCCCAAAACCCAAACCUAUACCCGAAUCCGAACAUGCAUCCGACCCAGGACCCACGAACAUAUCCCAUUUAUUAUUCGGCAUUGGUGGGUCAGCCUCUUUAUGGGAAGGAAGGAAAAACUACAUAAAGAUUUGGUUUAAAAAACCAGAGAUGAGAGGCAUUGUAUGGUUAGACGGUGACGUAAGCAAAGCUGAUGAUGACGAAGAAGAUUCUCUACCUGACGUAAGAAUCUCAGAGGAUACUUCAAAGUUUAGGUAUACGAACAAGCAAGGUCACCGAUCGGCGAUUAGAAUAUCGAGAAUAGUAUCGGAAACAUUAAGAUUAGGAUUAAAAGAUGUAAGGUGGUUCGUUUUAGGGGAUGACGACACCGUUUUUGUGACAGAGAAUUUAGUGAGAGUAUUAAAUAAGUAUGAUCAUAGAGAGUAUUAUUAUAUAGGGAGUAAUUCAGAGAGUCAUUUGCAGAAUAUAUAUUUUUCAUAUGCAAUGGCUUAUGGUGGUGGUGGAUUUGCAAUUAGUUAUCCUUUAGCUGUUGCUUUAGAGAAAAUGCAAGAUAGAUGUAUUCAAAGGUAUCCUGUUCUUUAUGGUAGUGAUGAUAGAAUGCAAGCUUGUAUGGCUGAACUCGGUGUUCCACUCACUAAAGAACUCGGUUUUCACCAGUAUGAUGUGUAUGGCAACUUGUUUGGACUGUUAGCAGCACACCCCGUAACACCAUUCGUCUCCCUGCAUCACUUGGAUGUGGUAGAGCCCAUCUUCCCUAAUGUCACUCAGGUUCAAGCCUUGCAACGGUUAACAAUCCCAAUGAAAUUGGAUUCUGCUGGGUUGAUGCAGCAAUCGGUAUGCUACAACAAGGCCAUGAAAUGGACUAUCUCAGUAUCUUGGGGUUUUGCUGUUCAAAUAAUACGUGGUGUGUUGUCACCCCGUGAGAUGGAAAUGCCAACAAGGACAUUCUUAAAUUGGUACAGGAGAGCGGAUUACACAGCUUAUGCAUUUAAUACUCGUCCUGUGGCUCGAAACCCUUGCCAGAAACCCUUUGUUUAUUACUUGUCAAAAGCUAGAUUCGAUAAGAACAGGAAUCAGACAGUGAGCGAGUACUUGAGGCAUCGCAUGCAGCACCCACUGUGCCGAUGGAGAAUGACCGAGCCAUCCACAAUCGAUAAAGUUAUAGUCUACAAGGAACCGGAUCCACAAUUGUGGACUAGGUCACCAAGGAGGAACUGCUGUAGAGUAUUGAAGUCGAGGACAAAUGGAACGAUGCUUAUAAACGUUGGCGUAUGUAGGGGAGGAGAAGUUAUUGAAGUAUAAAAACAUGUGAACGCACAUAAGCAUUUUAGUUAGUUGCACUUCUUGUCCUCUUUCAAUUAUAUGUCUUCUUCUUAAUUUAGUUUCAUUUCGUUACCCACAAUCAUACACUUGGGUAUCGGGUUAUAAUUUUAAAUGUGACAAGUACCUGCUGCUGCUUUGCAUAUCUAUUGAAAAUAUUAGCCCCACUAGUAUUUCAUUUA